AUGCUCACUCGUAUAUUCUCUGUAGAAAGUGUACUCAGUUGGAUUUUCUCGAAAUUUGUAGGUGAAAGCUCGGGGUCGUGUUCAGAUGAAGAAAUAAACAAUGCAUUGCCAGACGGCCUCAGAGAUCGCCCGGAAACACACAUGUGUCCCAGGUGCCAGGAGCAGUUUGAAAACUUUAACGACUUCUUAUACCAUAAGAGGCUUUGUGAUGAGAAGGCAAUUCAGAUGGGCGAGGAGAGGAUGCACUCCGAUCCCGAGGAUAUGGUUGUGUCAGGGGAUGAAGAGAUGGAUAGUCCAAACAAGCAAUUAGAACAAGUGAGAAGGCAUCGCCAGGAUGCCGAGAACAAUAAUAGCCUCGAAGACGGUGAAGCCGAAGUACCUGAAGCUGAUGUCCCACCUGUGGGAUUACCAUUUUCGGUAGCAGGUCAUGUAACACUAGAAGCAUUGCAAAACACUAAAGUCGCAGUAGCUCAGUUCGCUGCCACAGCGAUGGCUAAUAAUGCCAAUAACGAAGCUGCUCUACAUGAGCUUGCAGUGUUACAAAGUACGUUAUUCACAUUGCAACAUCAGCAAGUGUUUCAGCUUCAGUUAAUAAGACAGUUGCAAAAUCAGCUAUCACUAACCAGAAGAAAAGAUGAUCAACAUUCAAGCCCACCACCGUGUGAACAGGAACCGACCGCUCCAUCGACGCCGGUGCGAUCGCCGUCGCCGCCUCGUCCGCCACGGGAGCCAUCUCCUGUUGAACCAACUCCUAGUAGCCAAAGCUUGCCAUCGACCCACUCUCAUAUCACACCAAAAAUUGAGCCAAUUUCCAUUCCUAAGCCUCCGACCACAUCUCCACCUAUGAUGUCACAUCCACCCUAUAGCUCCAUAUCGUCAUCAUUAGCAUCGUCUAUUAUCACGAAUAAUGAUCCUCCACCGUCCCUAAACGAACCAAAUACGCUUGAAAUGUUACAAAAACGAGCACAAGAAGUACUCGAUAACGCAUCACAAGGCUUACUAGCGAACAAUCUAGCUGAUGAGCUAGCUUUUCGUAAAUCAGGGAAAAUGUCGCCUUAUGACGGCAAAAGUGGAGGUAGAAAUGAGCCUUUUUUCAAACACAGAUGCAGAUAUUGUGGAAAAGUAUUUGGAAGUGAUUCCGCACUCCAAAUUCACAUUCGAUCGCAUACGGGAGAGCGACCGUUUAAAUGUAAUGUUUGUGGAUCAAGAUUCACCACAAAAGGAAACCUUAAAGUACACUUUCAAAGACACACCGCCAAGUUCCCUCAUGUCAAAAUGAACCCAAAUCCAGUGCCGGAACACUUAGACAAAUAUCACCCGCCAUUACUUGCUCAACUAUCACCGGGGCCUAUACCUGGAAUGCCUCCACACCCACUUCAAUUUCCCCCCGGCGGACCAGCACCAUUUCCGCCAAGCUUGCCUCUGUAUAGACCGACGCAUCAUGACUUACUUCCUCCGCGUCCAUUAGGUGAUAAACCGCUUCCACCACAUCCAUUAUUUACAAUGCGCGAAGAACAAGAUGCACCUGCAGAUCUAAGCAAACCUUCAGCAGCAAGCCCUGCGCGAUCUAACUCUGAAAUGUUUAAGUCUGAGCCACAAGACGAAGAGAGCCAACGCGACUCUAGUUUUGAAGAAACCGACAGAAUAUCACCCAAACGAGAGCCGGAAGAAAACGAACCUGCCCAAGAACCAGAACAAGACCGAUAUCCUUCUACUUCUCCCUAUGAUGAUUGCAGCAUGGAUUCAAAAUAUAGUAAUGACGACCAAAUUGGCAGAGAAAGUCCACACGUGAAGCCGGACCCCGAUCAGCCGGAAAAUUUAUCAAGUAAGAAUCAAUCGAUAUCUGGACCAAUUUCAAUAGCAACGGGACUUCGUACUUUCCCAACUUUUCCGUUAUUCCCUCAAUCUCCUCCCAGCAGUAUAUCCUCCGGCAGUCUCACUCCAUUUCACAACUAUCCUCAUAAUAUUAUAGACUCCGAAGUAACUAGAGACCCAACUAUAUAUAAUUCUCUUCUUCCCAGACCGGGCAGUAAUGACAACUCUUGGGAGAGCUUAAUAGAAAUAACAAAAACUUCAGAAACCUCAAAGUUGCAACAAUUAGUAGAUAAUAUUGACAAUAAAGUGUCCGAUCCUAAUGAAUGUAUAGUAUGCCACCGUGUUCUCUCUUGUAAAAGUGCUUUGCAAAUGCACUAUCGCACUCACACCGGUGAAAGACCGUUUCGUUGUAAAUUAUGUGGUCGGGCGUUCACUACAAAAGGCAACUUAAAAACGCAUAUGGGCGUCCAUCGCAUUAAACCUCCUUCACAAAUUUUACACCAAUGCCCCGUUUGCCACAAAAAAUUUCCAGACCCAAAUUUGUUACACCAACACAUUCGUAUGCACACAAGCGAUCGAUUCACUGCUCCGUUUGACCAAUUAGCCGUACGCGACGUAAGCGAUAGUCAAUCAUUCAGCAAUAACGACUCCGACGUCGCAGACUAUAGCCCCUUUUGUUCCAUUCCGACUCCAACCUUUCCCACUCCGUCCACUCCAGGCGACCGGUGGGCGGACUCCCGCGGAACCGACGAUGAGAGCGGCCGUGACGAGCGCGAGCUUCCCUCUCGGGAGUUCGACGAUGAAUCUGAUACUAAGGAUCGUCGAACUUCGCCGCUCUCCGUCUGCGCCACGGCGUCCGAAUGCGAAAUAAAAACCAUCACCACAACGGCUUCCCUCCCAUCGGCGACAGGUUCUGAGAGCGGGCGGAGUGCGCGGGCUUCGCCGCCGUCGCCGUCCCCGUCGCCGUCGGCGCUGUCCACGCCGCCGCGGCUGCCGCACCAUUCGCCGCUGCCUUCGCCGCCCACUCCUCUGGCUGCGCUCGGCGCUCUCGGCGGAUCACCCUUCAGCCCGCUCGGACUCGCGUUCCCUCCCGCAGUGCGCGGUAACACAACGUGUACCAUCUGCUACAAAACCUUCGCUUGCAACUCAGCUUUGGAGAUACACUAUAGAAGUCACACGAAGGAGCGUCCGUUCAAAUGCACCGUGUGCGAUCGAGGCUUUUCAACAAAGAGCAGUGGCGGAUGCCAAUGCGGCAGGCGCGCACGCGCUCCUCGCCCGCCACACGCCACUGCUUUGGACCUCUGGAACGCCUUCGUCUACCCGGGUAACAUGAAGCAGCACAUGCUGACACAUAAGAUACGGGACAUGCCGCCCGGAUUCGAUAAGAACGGUAGCGGUCCAGCUAGCAACGAAGACGGACGGGAGCCCAGUCCCGAGAGACGGUCCUCGCCUGAUAAGAUGGAUUUAAAGCGAUCUCCACCGGCGCAUCCUCCUCCUCCCAUGAACCAUCCAUCCUCUAUGGACAUGCCUCCUUUACCGAAGAGACCAUCAGUGCCAAGUGCUCCAAUUCAUCCACCACCAUCAGCAUCAUCUAAGCAUUUAUGUGGCGUGUGCCGUAAAAACUUCUCUUCAUCAUCAGCGUUGCAGAUACAUAUGAGAACCCAUACUGGAGACAAACCAUUUCGAUGUGCCGUUUGCCAAAAGGCGUUUACUACCAAAGGAAAUCUUAAGGUGCAUAUGGGCACGCAUAUGUGGAGCGGUGGUGCAUCACGGCGCGGGCGCCGUAUGUCUCUAGAGCUACCUCCGAGGCCAUUACACGAACCUCACGAUCUACUACGACGGCCAGACCUUUUCUACCCUUACCUUCCUGCUCCGUUCCUUAACGGCAUGCAGCAAAAGCUGAACGAAAUAUCGGUAAUACAACAGAGCGCCGGCCAAAACGGAGUAGCCGGCAAAUUCCCAGGACUCCUUGGUUUCGGAGCGUUUGGAGCAGGUCGACCUGGUGCCGCCUCACCUCUAGAGAGGCCACCGUCUCUUGAAAACGAUGAACGACAAGCCGCUAUGAGGGAAUUGGCGGAACGCGGCCGGGAACUAGCAGAGCGCAGCCGACAGAUGCGCGAAGAGAGCGAGCACUACCGCUCACCACCUGCGCACGCGCCGCAUCCUCCGCCGCCGGCACAGGGUUCCCCUCCCGCGCCACACCAUCCUCACCCGCACCCCCUAGCGUCGCUUCCGCCGCCAGCCCGAACCGAAGGCCUAACCGUCUGA